GCACAGAGAAAAGGGAAUCUAAGAGGAAUUCCUUGACAGCAAGAAACAACUCAUUUUAUGAAGAGAGCAGAUCUAAUCAGGAGCCCUCUGUAAACAUAGUAAUCAGUCAUUUUGAAAGAAGCAAUGAAAGAAGAAGUAGAGCCAUGAAGAUGAUCAGAGGACUGGAGCACCUCUUCUAUGAAGACAGGCUAACAAAAUUGGGAAUGUUCAGCCUGGAGAAGAGAAGUUACCAGGGAGAUCUUAUUGUGUCCUUCUGGUACCUAAAGAGAUCUUAUAAGAAAACUGGAGAGGGACUUUUUACAAAAGUAUGUAGUGAUAGGACAAGGGGGAAUGGCUUCUGAAUGGAAGAGGUUUAAAGCCAUUACUUCCCCUUGCUGCCUGUCCCUGCCCCAGGAGAAAGGUCUCGGCUCUUGCUGCAGUCUGAGGUCUGCACUGCAGACUCUCAGCAGCUCGGUUUGGAUGGAGGCAUCGGCCUAACACCAGGGUAGACGGUGCAGGCACCCCAAUAACAAACUCCUAUUAAAAUUGAUUGAAAGAAGCUUUCAGCAUGAAUUUCUCUGCACUGCUACCUCUCACAGUGAUGCUGGUUCAACUUUGGCCUUACUCCCUCAGCACGCAGAACCACAGUGCUCAAAACACAGAUCUGUCUUUCAUGGUAGUCCGAAGAGUGAAACGUGGCUGGCUGUGGGAGCCACUAUUUGCAACUGAGGAACAGAUUUCACUCAGUCCUAUUUAUAUUGGACAGCUGAAAUCAGAUUUAGACAAGCAGGAUGGCAACCUAAAAUACGUUUUGACUGGGGAGGGAGCAGGAAGCAUUUUUGUCAUGGAUGAAUAUGAUGGCAAAAUUUAUGUGAAACAAAAACUGGAUCGAGAAAAAAAACCUUUCUACAGUCUAAGAGCAAAAGCAAUAAAUAGGAGCACUCAUCUUCCUGUUGAACCUGAAUCAGAAUUUAUUAUCAAGGUUAGAGAUGUCAAUGACCAUGAACCACAGUUCUUGGAUGGGCCUUACGAGGCUACUGUUCCAGAGAUGUCACCUGAAGUUAUACAGGUAACAGCUACAGAUGGUGAUGAUCCUUCUUAUGGGAAUAGUGCCCGUCUGCUUUACAGUCUCAUUCAGGGACAGCCAUAUUUCUCUGUGGAGCCGAAAACAGGGGUCAUCAGGAUGGCUGCCCAAAUGGAUCGAGAAACAAAAGAUCAGUAUUUGGUCAUCAUCCAAGCCAAAGAUAUGGUUGGGCAACCAGGGGCAUUUUCAGCAACAGCCACUGUUACCAUCAACCUUUCUGACAUCAAUGACAAUCCACCUAAAUUUCAGCAACGACUCUACCAUAUGAGUGUCUCUGAAGAGGCUCCUGUGGGCACCGUUGUAGGCAAAGUCUUUGCAGAAGACAACGACAUAGGGGAGAAUGCAGCCAUGAACUAUUCCAUUGAAGGAGAUAGUUCACAUGUUUUUGACAUCAUUACUGACAAUGAGACUCAAGAAGGAAUCAUCUUAUUAAAAAAGACAGUGGAUUAUGAGAGCAAAAGAAGAUACAGUAUUCAAGCAAAAGUUGUAAACAAGUACAUUGAUGAGCGUUUUUUGAAAGAAGGACCAUUUGAAGACAAAACCAUUAUCAAAAUCAAUGUGGAAGAUGCUGAUGAACCUCCAGUUUUCACCUCAGAGAACUAUGUGAUGGAGAUUGUUGAAGGAGCUAUGAGUGGCUCCCUGGUGGGGGUCGUAACUGCUAGAGAUCCAGAUAAUGAUGACAGUCCAGUCAGGUACUCUAUUGUCCAAAGCAUGCCUCUAAAGAGACUGUUCAGCAUCAGUGAACAAAAUGGAACAAUCAUUACAACUAAACCUCUGGACCGAGAGAUAGCUCCUUGGCACAACAUAACUGUUACAGCCACAGAAACAAGAAAUCCUGAAAAAAUUUCAGAAGCAAAUGUGUAUAUCCAAGUUCUCGAUAUUAAUGAUAAUGCACCGGAAUUCGCUAAAUAUUAUGAAACAUUUGUUUGUGAAAAUGCAGUUUCUGGACAGCUAAUUAAAACCAUAAGUGCAGUGGAUCAAGAUGAUUCAGCAGAAGGCCACCAUUUUAACUUCUCAUUGGCUCCAGAGGCCACAAACAACUCACAUUUUACUGUCAAAGACAAUCAAGAUAACACAGCUGGAAUUUUCAUAAGCAAAAGUGGCUUCAGGAGGCAAGAGCAGUUUUUUUUCUACUUGCCAAUCGUAAUUGAGGAUAAAGGGACCCCACCACUGACAAGCACAAAUACUCUCACUGUCACUGUCUGCGACUGUGACACUGAAGUAAACACCUUUUAUUGUCGAUAUGGAGCUUUCAUGUAUUCCUUGGGUCUCAGCACAGAAGCUUUAGUUGCUUUUUUGGCGUGCAUACUAAUACUCCUAGUGUUCUUUUUGGCAAUUGUAACCAUAAAGCAGCAAAAGAAGAAGUCUCCUUUUUCAGAGAAAAUGGAAGAAUUCAGAGAGAACAUUGUCAGUUACGAUGAUGAAGGAGGUGGCGAGGAGGACACAGAAGCCUUUGAUAUUUCAGCAUUGAGGACACGGACUCUCAUGCGAACACACAAACCUCGGAGGAAGGUCACCUCCGAAAUCCACAGCCUCUACAGACAGUCUCUGCAGGUUGGCCCAGACAGCGCAAUCUUCAGGCAAUUCAUUUCAGAAAAGCUUGAAGAAGCAAAUACAGAUCCUACUGUUCCUCCCUAUGACUCACUUCAGACCUACGCAUUUGAGGGGACUGGAUCCUUGGCAGGAUCCCUCAGCUCGUUGGGUUCAAACAUGUCAGAUGCCGAUCAGAGUUAUGACUACCUUGCAGACUGGGGACCUCACUUUAAACAGCUUGCAGGCAUGUACACCUCCCAUAGAAGUGUGGGGGAUUAGGUACCCUUCAGUUGGUUCUUUUAUUUUCCUAAAUCUCAGCAACAAAAAACUGCUGUGGAUUUUUUAAAAAGGAGGUCAUCCCGCAUUUAAGCAUGGAAAAAUAAGAGCCAAAGGGUUUUAGUACAGAAAGUCUUGGAUGUAGAAAUCUCUUGAAAAAUCACACCAGGGGUGUCAUGACUUGAGGGGAUGGAGCCUACUGUUUGAAAAGCUUGUGGUUAUUUAAGGGCUUGAAUGCAAACUGUGCUGCUUUGGAUAUCUAGGUCUUCUUCUGGAUACUGAAAACUUGGGUCUUGUAUGUACAAAAGGAGGAGUAGAAGCCAUAAAUGGAUGUUGCAAACAUUCUAUCAUCCAUAAGCUUUAAACCAUUUCCAAAGUUAAGAUAGACUUUUGAUGUUGCAGUUGAAUACAUUCAUUAACCAAAGUUAAACAUACAUAUUUGUAUAAUGCUUCAUUAUAUAAAUAUACUUGUGUGAAAAAGUAGACCCUAGGUAUUCUAAUACAGUUGUCAGAAGUGCUCACAGAAUCAUCUAUUUAUUAUUCUUAAGAUGAUAAAACUAAAACAAAUGUCUUUUCCUAUCAGUGUAAAAAUAAAGACCAAUUACAACACCAGCAAGUAUUUGCUACCAUUUUAGUUUUUAAUGAAACUGUUGGAAGAUGUGUAAACCGAUACUUAAUUUAGCAAAUAAGAUAGAAAAAAGAAUCAACAUUUAACUUAAAUACUUUGACCGACCACAUAUUAUAUAUUACUGUACUUAGAACAAAAUACUGUCCAAAUAGAGGCAUUUUUUCUUCUAUUAAGAGUUUAAAGGAUGACUGAUUUACCAGCACAGAUUUAUUUUUUUACUAUGGAAUAUAAAAUUAGCUGCAGUAGUCAGUUUUAUUAUAACAAUAUUAAGAAUCUUUAAAAUGCUAAGCUGAUGGUUAUAAAAUUUUAUGUAUGACAUUAGAUAAUAAGACAAUAAAAUGCUUUAAUGUUAAUCCACUUUGAAAAUGAUCCUGAAUCAUUCUGAGUCUCAAGUAAGAUUUCAAAAUUAAAUUCCCACUGUAUUUUGCCCAAACAUUCUGUAAUGAAUAUAAAGCUGUCACAGAAUAUAUCUUUACUCUUACUUUUACCACUACCCUGCAGCAAUUUUGGAACUGGGGUCAUCAAAUGUUUUCAAAAUGGUCUGUGUGGAGAAAACAACCCUGUUUUUUAUUCAUCUCCCAUUCAUCAGGUACUCAUUUUACAGAAAUUACAUCAUGUAAUCAACUGAUUCAAUCAGCUAAAGGCUGGCAUCGGGAUAAAGAAAAUUAUGCAACAUAUUUCUUUCUGCUUUCCUUUUUUUAUUGUUUUUAAGUAAGAUUUUAGGUAAGUUCAACUGAAUUACAGAGAGCCAGGAAAAUUUAUGCAAGGAAUAAACAAACAAAUGAACAAACCCCAAACAAACAAACAAACAAAGGCCUGCAAAAUACAAGCUCUGCAAUGUUUCCAUCAUCUUUACUCAUAACUGAAGAAAACCAAGGCAUGUAGGCUUAGUGGAAAGGUGCCAGUGCAGAGUUUAAAUUCCUGGUAGCUAAAAAUAAAACAUGUGGAGGAGUUUGAAAAUCAGGAGAGAUUUCCAGUGUGAGGUCUGAUAAGGACAGAAACAUUAUUCAUUAUAUUCAUAGCUGGAAAAAUAUGUAAUGGGCAGUGGGGGGUAGAGUGGCCAUCCAAACAGGUGCAGAUGAAGCAGCACCUGCUUCAUAAAAACGAAAAAAAAAAAAAAGGUUCUUUCCAGUCUCGUGCUGGAAUGCCAAUAUGGAUAAACAGUUACAAAACAACUUUGAAAGCUUCACAAGUAAAAAUAUUGUAUUAAUGGCUCUAACUUUUUACUCCAAUUGCUCUCAAACAGAUGUGGCAAAGUAACUUUUAUUUGAGAUAAGAUCGUACAUCUUGGUAGUUUGCUCUAUGAAGAGGAAUAGAGAAAGAGAGAACAACUAUACGUGUACUGAUUGUUGGAAAUAGUGAAAACUACAUUUUUAGGAUUAGGUCUAUAGAUUUAUGUGUGUUAUACUCUAAACAAAUCCUUAUUCCACAGAUGGUCCCAGUGGAAUUAAGAGAAUUCCUCAUGUUUUCAGGUUGUAUUUAGUACAAAAAGGAUAACAGUGUCUGAUUCUUUCUCAGUCCAGAGAUUUUGUCCCUUUAUGUGGGGAAAUAGGCUUGAAGACUCAACCAUAUUUGCCUUUAUAAUUUUCCCUUUUUCCCAUAAGGCACUUAACGAUAAAUAAUUUUUGUAAGUAGUGCUUACCACAGCCAUGCAAUUUUUGCUACCAAUGCAUGCCAUUGUCAGUAAUUUCUAUAUGAAAGAGAAUAAUGGCCUACAAUGGAUCUUACAUGAUCUUUAACUGAAAAAGCUUAAAACUGUGUUUGCAUAACAGAGAAAUGGCAUGUUUUGAUCUGAAACAAGAAGUUAUUCCUAGCUGUUACUGGGCCACAUGUGAUUGGAUUCAUGCUAUUCAAUCUAAGUCAAACCUUAAGUCAAUUUGUUUCCACAUAUGAGAAAAGAACCACUGAACUGACCUAAUAAUUUCAUACUUCUUUUCAUUUAGAUGAAAAAGGUUUUGUAGAAUUGCCUUCCUUUUUGAAGAAAGUAAACAUUCUGAGGAAGCAAAAAUUAAUCACAUAAAGACAUCACAAUAAUGAAUAUCAUGAAAUUAAUAAAAGAUAAGCUAUAAAUCAGAGUUCUUGAUGAUGAAAUCUAUGAAAUUGUGCAUGGUUUUACCAAUAGAAUCCUCCACCACCUUUAUCUUUUAAAAAAUGAUUAGUAGAUAGAACUCACUAUGUUAUUGGCUGAUAUGAAGAGUGUAAGUAUGGUACCAGAUAGUAAAUAUUCAGCUGUUCAUAACCUGCCCAAGGGAAUAUAAGGAAGACUUAUUGACUGGUCAAAGGAAGUAUGAUCAUACACACUGCUUUUCGGUAUGAAUUUUUUGAAGAGAUUUUUCUGGCUUUCUGUUUCAGCCUCACUCCUAUGGACUCAGUGUUGUGUUAUUGGUUUUAUUAUUUAAAAACCAAAGAAAUUGAAACUUUGCAUAUACUAAUAAAUGCUCAACAUUUAGAUGUUUGAAGGUAAAAAAAAGUAAAAAUAAUUCAACAAUGUA